AUGGCUCGCGCAGCAGUCGUCCUUCUCGCGUUACUCGCGCUCGCGUGCGCGCGCCCCUCCUCCUCCGCGCGCGUCUUGAACGCGGCGGAGACCUCGGACGUCGCCUCCGUCGAGGCGUCCGACGCGCCGGCUUUUUGCCACGGCAUCGAUUGCCCAGCCUUCGACGUCGUGAAGACGACGGACGCGUACGAGGUGAGGAAGUACCCGGGCGAGUUGAAGUGGACGACCACGACCGUGACCGGGCUGACGUACGACGCCGCGGUCAGCGCCGGGUUCGAGCGCUUGUUCGGGUACAUAUCCGGCGCGAACGCGAAGAGAGAGAAGAUCGAGAUGACCGCGCCCGUCCGAGUUCGCGUCGUCCCCGGCGAAGGCCCGUUCUGCGAGAGCAACUUCACGGUGUCGUUCUUCGUGCCGUUCGCGCCGGACGGCGGCCGCGCGACGCAGAUCGACCCCCCGAAACCGGUCGACGAGAGGGUGAAGAACGAGGUCGACGCGUGCGCGUUCACCGCGCGCGUCAAGACGUUCGGCGGGUGGGCGCGAGAGACGUCCAUCCUCGCCGCCGCGACCGAUCUGAGCGACGCGCUGAGGGCGGACGGGGAGGUGGACGCGGCGAACGCGGGGAAGGAUCACUUCUUUUACGCGGGGUACGACUCCCCGUUCACGAUCGCGGGGAGGCACAACGAGGUGUGGUUCGUCGUGCCGGAUCCGGACUGUGAGACGAGCUAG